AUGUCUUCCAUUCUCAGCCGCGUGUUCGGUGCUGUCAGUACCUUUACGGGUAAAAACAAGGCGUCUGACUCGGAGUCACAGGAGAAAGCGGGCCAACCAGAAGCCAUGGCAGGUGCCAAAGACAGCGGUCUUGCGACGACCCCCGGCAAGAAUCCUAGGAAGAGACUUUUUGACGAUGAGGGCGAUGAAGAAGAGGCAGAAGACGUCGGCACUUCCAAGUCGCUCGGAAAGACGUCGUCCUUCACAAUAAACGAGGAGUACGCCCGGCGAUUCGAGCACAACAAGAAGCGUGAAGAAAUGCACAAGUUGGAAGAAAAGUACGGAAAGGGAGCUGCGAAAUUCGGGGCUGAUGACGAGGAGGAUGACUCGUCCACGGAUGAGUCUGAGGACGAGGACGGCUACCUCCUGACGGAAGAUCUCGACGCACGCAUGACGGAGGCGCUCCAGGCGAUCAAAAACAAAGACCCCCGUAUCUACAACGCCGAGACCAAGUUCUUCGACCCGUCCGAGAUCGACCAGAUGGCGGCAGAUGCAGCCAAGGCGGGGCCCUCGGAGUCCAAGCAGAAGCCCAUGUUCCUGCGCGACUACCAUCGGGAGCGGUACCUACGCGGCGACAUCGGAGCCGAGGACAGGGACGAGGACGAGGACGUGGCAGUGGUCAAGGCGGUGCCGAAGACAUACCAGCAGGAGCAGGACGAGGUCAAGCAGGCGCUGAUCCACGAGAUGAACGCUGCGGGCGAGGACAGCGACAGCAACGGCGACAAGGCGGCCGGUGCAGGCUCGGAUGACGAUGUCGACACGUUCAUCAAGCCAAAGGCGUCGUCCAAGGCGGCCAAAGCGGCGUCCCAGGCCAGCGAGAAGAUACAUCCGUCGCGUGCGGGUCGGGUGGCCAAGAUCAGCGGCGAAGAGAUUGCGAACGCGAGCAAGAACCCAGAGCUCUUUCUAUCCAACUUUAUGGCAUCGCGUGCGUGGGUGCCUGAGGACAAGAGCGAGGGUCCAGGUUGGCGGGCGUUUGAGUCGGACGAUGACGAGUCCGAGAAUGACCGGGCCGAGGAGUUUGAGGCGGCCUACAACAUGCGGUUCGAGGAUCCGGCCAAGAGCAACGAGGUGCUCAAGUCGUAUUCGCGCUCGGUCGUGGCACAGCGAUCGGUGCGCCGUGACGAGAAGACAAGCCGCCAGCGACAGCGCGAGCAGGAGAAGGAGCAGGAGGCGGCCGAGAAGCGGGAGCGCAAGGAAGAGCGGACGCGGCUGCGCAAGCUGCGGCUCGAGGAGGCGCAGGAGAAGCUGGCCAAGAUCAAGCAGGCCGCCGGACUGCGGGGCAAAGAGAUGAACGACGACGAGUGGGCCGAGCUGCUGGACGACGCCUGGGACACGGACCGGUGGGAGGCCAAGAUGCGAAGUUACUUUGGCGACACGUACUACUCUCAGCCAGAUGCGGGUCUGGAGAGUGACGAUGACGACGAUGACCAGGGCAGCGACAGCGAAAAGAAGGCCAAGAAGGCCAAGAAGUCCAAGAGCAAGGUCAAGAAGCCCCAAUGGGACGACGACAUUGACAUCAACGACAUCAUUCCCGACUUUGAAGCCACCGAGCCGCAGAUCACCCUUUCGGACGAAGAGGGUGAGGGUCCGGAUGAGGCGGCAGACAACGACGACGACAACGACGAUGACGACGAUGACGACGGCGAACAGCCAUCGAAGCGCCGCAAGACGACCAAGGAUCGCAAGCAGGAGCGUGUCGAGGCGAAGCGCCAGGCACGGCGAGAGCGGGCGCGUCUCGAGGCGAUUGUGGACCGGCAGAUGGAGCUGGACGCGCCCACGGCACUGGCCGGCUCUCGCGGUCGUAGCGGCUUCCGCUACCGCGAGACGAGCCCGCAGUCGUUUGGGCUGACGCCGCGGGACAUUCUGUUGGCGCCGUCCGAUGCCGCGCUCAACGAUUUUGCCGGCCUCAAGAAGCUAGCGACGUUUCGCGACGAGGAGCGCAAGCGCAAGGACCGCAAGACGCUGGGCAAGAAGGCCCGUCUUCGCCAGUGGCGGCGCGAGACCUUUGGCCACGACUUUGAGCUGACCGGGCCGACGUAUGGCUUUGAGCGGCUGCUUGGCGACAAGGACGCUUCGGCGUCGGAUCACCACCGGCGCAAGAGCAAGUCUGAAAAGACCGAAAAGACCGAAAAGACCGGAAAGACCGGAAAGACCGGAAACCCCGAGAGCGACAAGCCGGCCAAGAAGCGCAAACGGUCUGGCCGCAAGGGCAAGGGCACGGAGGCCGAGUCAGAAUCGGCCAAGACGGCCGGACAGGAGGCGUAG